CGAUCUGAUGCUGGCAGAGUGUUUUGGAAAUUGUAGGUUAAGAUCUCCCCUUAGUGUUGGGAGAAGAGCGGUGAAUGAGAAAGCCAUUCAGCACGAAAUCUCCCGAGUUCAUCCUGAUUCCUAGAGAUCUCGCGAUACUCUUUGGCCGCUUUCGCGAUGUGGGAGUUGUGACGUUGUUGAAGGCAGAGCGUGGCUUUUUACGGAGUGGUGAUAACUUGUAAGGAGUUCGUGAACGUUUUGCUUUCUGCGCUUUCUUCCAUUGCUUUUUACCACCUGCCAAGUGUGGUGGCGGAUUUUUUUUUUUUUUUUUUUGCUGGUCCGCAUAUGUCUCCAAGGAAACGAUCGUCCUCGCAGUAGCCGGUGGAAUGAGCCAGUGUUGGAUUCCUUGUUCGCAUCCUCGCUGACAACGUAUCGCCAUGAAUAUGCAAUUUUUUAUAGUUGCUGGUAUUCUGGUACAUUGUGUGUUCCUGAUCUCUAUCUUUGACAUUUAUUUUACCUCUCCUCUGGUCCAUGGAAUGACUCCUCAUCAAAUUCUGCUGCCGCCACCUGCACAACGCUUAGUACUGUUCGUUGCGGAUGGUCUACGUGCAGAUUCACUAUAUGCAUUGGACGACGGUGGCAAUUCUAAUGCGCCUUUCCUUAGGAAUAUCAUAGCUUCACAAGGCAGUUGGGGAGUAUCUCAUACUCGUGUUCCAACAGAAUCUAGACCUGGGCAUGUUGCUCUAAUAGCUGGAUUUUAUGAAGAUGUCAGUGCUGUUGCUAGAGGAUGGAAAGAAAAUCCAGUGGAAUUUGAUUCUAUUUUCAAUGAAAGUAAAUAUACUUGGAGCUGGGGAAGUCCAGAUAUUCUACCUAUGUUUGCUAAAGGUGCUACUGGUGAUCACGUUUACACCUAUUGCUAUAAAGCUGAAAGAGAGGACUUUGCAGCUGAAGAUGCCACUAUAUUGGACACUUGGGUUUUUGACCAGGUUAAGGAUUUCUUCAACUUGGCUAAAAACAAUGAAACAUUGUUUUCUAAACUUCAUGAACAAAAAAUCAUUUUCUUCCUGCACUUAUUAGGAUUAGAUACAAAUGGUCAUGCUCAUCGGCCUCAUUCAAGGGAAUAUAAGAACAAUAUCAGGAAAGUUGAUGAAGGCGUACAAGAAAUUGUUUCAUUAGUUGAGGGCUUCUAUGGAAAUGAUGGCAGCACAGCCUUUAUCUUAACUUCUGACCAUGGAAUGACAGACUGGGGGACUCAUGGAGCAAGUCAUCCAUCAGAAACAUUAACACCCCUAAUUGCUUGGGGAGCAGGAAUUAAACAUCCUCAGACAGUAAUCUCACAGCAAUAUGAAGAUACACUUUUAAAAGAAUGGAAGCUGGAGAUGUGGAGGCGCCAAGAUGUGAAUCAGGCUGACAUUGCACCACUGAUGGCUUCCCUUAUUGGAGUUCCUUUUCCUCUGAACUCAGUGGGUGUUUUACCUCUUGAAUACUUGAAUAAUACUUCCCAUUUUAAGGCAGAGAGCAUGCUUACCAACGCUGUCCAGAUUCUUGAACAAUUUAAGGUUAAGAUGGCUCAGAAGAAGAAAACUACAUUAUCAUUCUUGUUUUCGCCAUUUAAGUCUCUCUCUGAAUCAGAGCAAAUUGAUAUUCUGAGAAAAACAAGGAUAUUUAUUCAACAUGAAAAAUAUGAGGAAGCUAUAUCCCUGUGUAGAAAGCUGAUCAACCUUGCUUUAGAUGGGCUCUCUUACUACCAUACAUAUGACAGAUUUUUCCUUGGCAUGAGUAUCACCAUGGGUUUUGUAGGCUGGACAUUUUAUGCAAUUCUGAUUAUAAUAAAGUCAGAUACAAGCAUGACCAGGGGUAUAUCAAAAAAUAAGGCACCUGACAAGUUUUUCCAGGGUGUGUUUGCUGCUGUUGGAGUUUUGAUAGCCUUUUUUCUCUUCAUUCAAAGCUUGCCUUGGACCUACUACAUAUAUUGCCUAUUACCAGUCCCUGUAUGGUAUGCAGUUUUAAAAGAAUACCCUGUUAUUCAUGUAUUGAUCAGAUUUCUCUUGGAUGUUCAGCGGACUCAAUUUGCUGGAUUCUUAGUAAUAUAUGUCGUGGGGAUUGAAAUAUUAGUUUUCUCCUUCUUCUAUCGCUCCACUCUCACCUUUGGCCUGAUUGCGUUUUCUGUGUGGCCUGUGGUCAUUCGAUUGUGGAUCCAAGCAAAGGCAACAGUGCUAAGUUGGAUUCUCUCGUGUUUGCUCCUGGCAAUCUUCCCCUUGAUGCCAGUGAUAGGAAGAGAAUCAAAUAUCUCUUUAGUAACAGCAGCUGGCCUGCUAAUUAUAUUGAUAGCUUUGUCCUACCUAGUGACAUUUUUUCGGAGGAGCAAAAAUAAAUAUUUGCAUCAUAAAGAUCUCAAAAUAUAUCUAUUUCAGUUGCUGAGUCUGGUGGCAUCAACAUACAUUGUGAACAGUACUCAUAGCAGUCUUCAGAGCAAACAAGGAUUGCCUAUAAUAAAUCAGGUUAUCAGCUGGAUGACAUUGGUUUCAUCCUUGAUAGUGCCACUCCUGAGUCCCACUUUUCUGUUCCUGAGGCUGCUGAGCAUACUUCUUUCUCUGAUGUCAACUUAUCUUCUCCUUAGCACCGGGUAUGAAGCUCUUUUCCCUCUGGUGUUGGCUUUGUUGAUGUUUGUGUGGAUAGACAUGGAGCAAGAAGCAAUCCAACAGUAUGGAAUUUCGUUUAAAUCUAAGCUUGCUGCUCUCAGCUUUUCUUACGCUACAGAUACACCUCAGUUUCGACCACUUCAUGUGGAUGACAUCAGGAGGGCUUUUUUCUUUGUUUUCUUCAUAGUGACGGCCUUUUUUGGCACUGGAAAUAUAGCUUCUAUUAACAGCUUUGAUCCAACCUCAGUAUAUUGCUUCUUGACUGUGUUCAGCCCUUUCCUGAUGGGAGGCUUGCUAUUGUGGAAGAUUGCAAUCCCCUUUGUUCUUGUGUCAUGUGCAUUUGAAGCUAUUCAGGUCACAACCCAGCUAUCAUCUAAAAGGCUUUUUCUCAUUGUUCUUGUGAUUUCAGACAUUAUGGCUUUGCACUUCUUCUUUCUGGUUAAAGAUUACGGAAGCUGGCUAGACAUUGGAACAAGUAUUAGCCAUUAUGUCAUUGUGAUGUCCUUCACUAUUUUCCUGAUGCUUUUAAGUGGAGUGGCCCAGCUGCUCACUACAAAGAGACUGGAGUUUUGGGAAGAAACUAAACGCCAUUCAUUGUGACAAAUUACUGAAGGACUCGUAUUGAUAGAAUCUUCAUUCUUCCAAGAGACAGACAGAAUUAUGAAAUUGGCUUCUAGAGACUCCUGAAGUACUUGAUGCUGAAGAACAUGAAGUAACUUGUCAUCUUUUGUCUAUGGAAUUAAAUUUUGCUCCUUCAUUUUCCUUCAAAGGAACUUCCGGUUUCAAAGUGAACAACUACUAUAUAUAACCUCGCUUAUUGUUAAGGGUAAAUGCUGUGCUUGUGUCUACAGAAGGGACUCAAAAGGAUGAUAGGAAGAUGAACUUUGUUUUAUUGGUUUCUCUAGAAGACAAGACAAUUAGUUUCAUGAGCUGCUAACAAGCUAAGUAUUGUGUCUGGUCCCACUCCCAAGCCAGAUUUUGGAACAGACAAUAGACAGAUAAGUUUUUGCUGUGAUAUAUGGCAGACUACUUUUCACUUUGGAAAUUCAAAUCAGGUUUAAAGAUGUAUAUAUCGGGAUGUGAUUGAAAUUUUAAUAGUACUUUUUAAAAAUUGUGUGUGUGAGUGUGCGCAUGAAUGGAAUUUCCAUUUUAAGAUGCAGACUAAUUAUAUUUGUUUGCUGCUAUUGUUUUCCAUCUCUUUUUAUAAAACAUACCAAAAUAGUUUUCAUCAUACACCGAUGAUGUGUUAAUGUUUGUCCUAUUUUCAUCUCAAUUGCUUCAUUUGCUCAAGGCCACUGUAAGGAAUUGUCUUAAGCAAAUAUUGAAAACCAGCUCUACCUGUUCAAACUCUGUUUGUAACCAUCAAACAAACUAUACACCUACCAACUAAACUGAUUGAACUAUUUAGAAAACCAUUUGGUUGCUCAAAUUAUGCGCUUCAGACUAUAUUUGCUGACCAGCAGGGCAAGGAGUUAUCUUUAAUAACAAAUGUUUUCAAUAGUAGCUGUUCAGUUAAAACUUAUCCUUAGCUCUCAUACAAAUAUCAGUUGGAUAAGAGCUGUGUGAGAUGGUUUUACAACCACCGUUCAGCACUUGAGCUGAAUUUGUUUCUCUUUUAGUAUAGGUUAGCUUUUGUUACUGUGGUGCCUUCUUGAAUAAUUUGAAGCAUUGACUGGAAAAUGCUUUCCAUGCUCUCAGACAGAGGCUUUGUCAUGAUCUUUCUAAUCAUCUUUGUCCUGAUCCUUUUAAUUCAAUAGAUUCAGCAAUUGAAUUGAGAGUCUUCUGCUGGGAAAGCAUGUAGUAUACCAUUGAGCUACAAUUUGCUCAGUAUGAAAUCAGCCAUUCUCUACAAUUACACAUUUGAACUAAAAACUCCAAGGCAGUACAAUACUGCAGUGUAGUACAUUGCAGGGAGAAUGGACUUGCAACUGCAUGUAGCUCACGAAAGCCAUCAUUAUUAAGACUUCUAAUUUGUCAGUGCAAAUAAUGGUGUCCAUGAGAAAUUAUACUGUGGCGUAGGAACCUGCCAUAAUUAUAAGGAACUGUAAAAAAAAAAAUCUAUGAAACUUGCACACCAUGGUAGCUGUCAAAACUAGUACAUAUCAGCAAUCUGUUCAUCCUGAAAAUUGCUGUAGCUCUCCAGCUUCUUGGCUCUAUGUCAGUAAAACUCUAGAAUUCAGCCACCCUAAUAGGAAUAUCCAUGUGAUAGUAGACAAAAGCAUUGAUUUGUAUUCUUGAAACAAUGAAAUAACAUUCCACAAAAAUACUUGAAAAUUCAUCUGCCAGUAGCUGGUAAGGUCAAGAAACUUGAUCCAAGAUUUUAAAAAAUGUUUUAGAACAUGUAAAGACAUGAAUCUGUUGGCUGCUCUCUUCAACUGCUAUGCAAUCUCAGAAAAGAUGAUUUUUGUUGAAAUAGUUGCCGAUAGAUGCUGUAUUUGUCUCGCUGAGUGCCUUUUUUGACUUCAGAUUCUAUGUGCACUAUACAACUCUAAUAACCAGUAUUGUUGCGUUGGUUAAGAACUGGAGGACCCUUCCUAAUAGAACAAAACAAAAAAUAAAUCAUUUCAAAAAAGGGUUUUUUUUAAAGCGUCAUCACUUAAAAAAAACCACCCUGCAAAUAAAUGCAAUGUAAAUAUUAUCUGCCAAAAUAAAUUAUUUAGAUUUAAAGAGAAACAAAGGAUAGAACUAUGCCAUGUAUGCACUGUGGAAAAUAAAGAACACCCACUCCGAAAUAGAAGAAGAAGCUUUGUUGGAGUGAUGUGAUAAACAAAAGCACAUUAAUGCAGCUUUCACGUAUAUAAACACAUAAGAGUGGAGAAGUAUCUACGCUGACUUCUUUUUACUCCCACUGUGCAGUAGAAAGGUUGGUUUGCUAAUUCAAUUAGUAUUGUUUUGGUUGAGUUACAGCGCCACUGACCUUAGUUGACUUCCUCUGAUCAUGUUAUUAAUCCUAUUAAGGGUGAACACCUUUCAGGGCUAUUUUAUACAUCCCUAAUGGAAAAUCUGAGGAAGUUAUUCCUAGACUUUUUCUGGGCGAAAAGUCAGGAGUGUUUGUCCUUGCUAUUUGAAAUUUCUCUAGCGCUGGAGAGUUACAUAAUUCUGACAAUUUAGCAGUCUUACCUUGAACAAUUGAUUGCACUCUGAAAUGUCCUAUUUGCCUCUUUCUUUUGAACACACAUAGUUCCUAGAUUCAGUGGUCUUUAAUUCCAAGCCAAAAAUCUGGGAGAAGGUGAGAAACUAGAGAAGCUAAUUCCUUUCUUUAUAUUAGAUCACUAGGAAUGAACUACCCUGUUUCCCCCAAAAUAAGACAUCCCUUGAUAAUAAGCCCAAUCGGGCUUUUGAGUGCAUGGCAAUAAGGCCAAGCACUUAUUUCAGGGUUCAAAACAAUAUAAGGGUCUUGAUUGAAGUUUGAGACAAGUAGUUUAUUUGUGGAUAUAUACAUGGUUACGCCGAUUAAUUUCCAUUGUUUAUUACAUUCAUCCUUGACUAGUAGUUUGGUCAACAGAAGUCCUUGAGCUGUUUAGAAGGACAUUAGUUGAACAUUUUCCAAAUUGUCAUUCAGAGAAUCUCUCUCUGCUACCUUGUCAGCAGUAGAAUACCUGAGUAAUAUAGCCUAGAGCACAAAAUCAGUUUACGUGGAGUUCUGGCAAUGGCAAUUGAGUUUGAUUGUUUUCUCCUGCUGAACUGAGGAUCUACCUAGGACAUAACCACUACACUUCACUUGAUGUACCCUUAAAAAAAAACCAUGUUGAUUAGCAACCAACACGUCAGCAAAGUCACCCCAAAGUUAUUGAAUUUAAUGGGGCAAUCUUGAUAAGCUUUUAAAGUUAUUUGCAGCAGUGGUGGUCAGAACAGCAACUUCUUUCCUUGUUUUUCCAUUGAUUUUUUGUUGUGCAUAAUCACCAAUAGGAUGAUUGGGAUAAUUUAGCAUAUUUUCAAGUUUUUUUUUUCUUUCAGUUUUUAAGAUUAUAUAGAAAUAGUCUUGUACUGUGUUUAGUGUUUUGGAAAUGCUAUAAAAUAAUUGUGUAUUAUUUAUUUUAUAUUGUUUAUAAUGCACCUCAGUUUCCUAGGACACUGGGUAGCAGUCAGCAAGGAAAUAAAAAUACACAGCCAAGCAACACACCUUCA